AUGGCCGUUUCCAAGGCAACCACUUUAUUAGGGGCGAGUGACGUCACCGUAGUAGAUCAUCUACUUUGGGACUGCGAUUAUCUGGGAAGGGUGUUCUCGAUGAUGUGUGACGUCAUAUUUGUGACGACGUCGACGCACACAUGCGUGGAGCGGUUCGCCGGCCAGUCGACAGCGCCCGUGCUAUGCGUGAGGUCGCGAGCGCACGCUAGCCUCCAAGCCCUGGCGACAGUAAUGGCCACAAUCGAAGAAUACGGCUCUAUGGAAAGCCUGAACAUUGGUUAUGUAGGCAACCCCCAUCCAGUCCUCAACUCUUACCUGCUUCUGUGCCCGAUGCUUGGCGCCAACAUCAAGUUUAAAUGCUGUUGUGCAGAAAUUAGUCAACCUGAACACAUAAAAUAUUUGACAGGUAACACAGACACACUUGACAGGUUGACAGGAUUUGGAAAGGAAAUGUUUAAA